AUGCUGGGUAAAAGAAAACGAGAGACGCAGGUUGUUUCAAGAACCCGAGACGAAGCAGAAUCUGAAGCUAGCCACCAGGGCGCAAGUGUGAACAUCAACGAUAUUUUUCGCAAGCAUUUCGAAGCGACCUUUUCGCCUCUGCCUGAGGAGGAUACUUGCCAGGGCGGCGACGAGGAUGAGGAUGAACUUGACGACUCUGAUGCGGAGUCGGAAGUUUCGGUAUGGUCUGGGUUGUCCGAAACGAGAGACGACCCUCUCGUUGUAGAGGUCGUCGACUAUGCAAUUGCCAAACAUGGCGAUAGCAACGAGUUCCAUCGUGCUCGACAGAAAGCUUUCAUGUCUUCCCGACCUCCUCGCGAUAUUGUAGCCACGAACGAGAACCGACGACUAAAAACCCUGGAUGAAGAUGACCCUGCGGAAAAGCUCAAUCUGAAACACGACCUCGAUCUUCAGCGACUACUCAAAGAAUCGCAUUUGCUAGAAAAGUCCAAAGCAUCUGAAAACCCUAGCAAGCAGAGACACAUGGCGCUCGAGUUGAGAUUGCAGGAACUAGGAGCUAAGCAGUCUAUACUGACACAGCAGAAAAUGCCCGCUGCUCACCGCAUUGGCAUGGCGAAAAAGGCGGAUCACAGAGAGACACUUCGACGCAGAGAAGCGAAAGAGAAUGGCGUCAUCCUGGAGAAAGCUGCUAAGAAGUCAAAGAACGUUCGAAGAGAUCGUGGCGUUGAUGUUCCUGGUGUGGGUAAGUUCGCUGGUGGUACUUUGAAACUAUCCCGCCGAGAUAUUGCAAGCAUCCAAGGUCCACCAACCACUAUCACACGCAAAGGCAAGAGAAAAUAG